AUGUCAGGGAAGUACAACUCGAACUACGCUGCUUCUGACUCGGAGGUGAAGCAGGAGCGGAGCGCCUCGAGCCCGGCGGCGGCGCCGUGCGCACGUUCUCCUCCGCCGGCCUUUCCGCCCGCGCGGCCGUCGGUGAAGAACCAGUGCGCGAGCUGCGGGAUGGACAUCACCGACCGGUAUCUACUAAAGGUGAACGACCUCCACUGGCACGCCGGCUGCCUGCAGUGCUCGGUGUGCAGCGCGUCUCUGCGGCAGAGCAGCAGCUGCUACAUCAAGAACAAGGAGAUCUUCUGCAAACUGGACUACUUUAGUAGGUUCGGGGCCCAGUGUGCCCAGUGCGGCCGCCAGGUGUUCGCCAGCGACUGGGUGCGGCGCGCGCGGGGUAGCGUGUACCACCUGGCGUGCUUCGCCUGCUUCUCGUGCAAGAGGCAGCUGUCUACGGGGGAGGAGUUCGGCCUCGUGGAGGGCAGGGUGCUGUGUCGCAGCCACUACGACAUAAUGCUGGAGAACCUCCGCAGGGCCGCCGAGAACGGCACCGGGCUGACCCUGGAGGGGGCGCUACCGUCCGACCAGGACGGCCAACCGAAGCCAGCCAAGCGGGCUCGGACCUCCUUCACCGCAGAGCAGCUUCAGGUGAUGCAGACCCAGUUCUCCCAGGACAACAACCCUGAUGCCCAGACGUUGCAGAAGCUGGCCGAGAUGACAGGUCUCAGCAGACGUGUCAUUCAGGUUUGGUUCCAGAACUGUCGAGCGCGGCACAAAAAGCACCCCCCCCAGAACAACGGCUACCCUCCCAUGGGCCGCAUGGCCCCGUCACUCCAGGACGAGCUGCACUACUCCUCCUUUUCGGGGCCCGACCGGCCCCACCUGCUGGCCCUGCACGGCUACCUGGACAGCCAUCCCUUCUCGGUGUUAACUGCCCCUAGCCACUUGGGGCACCCAGCCAUGCCUCUUCCACAGCUUCCAGUCAGUCGCUGA